AUGUCGUUGAUCCCGUACCAUCCGCGAGAAGGUCGCGAGAUUGUCCUUCGGCACCGUAACGCCAUCGUCGUCCGCGACCCCUUCUCUCAGCGACUCGAGAUUCGAGGCUUGUCCGAGUGCCCGACUUGUCAUCAGCCCCUGCGACCAUCGUCUCCAGAGCGCCAGUUUGACAGCGCUCGCCAUCAUGAGUCCUUCGUCGACCCCAACUACUUCCGCAUGCUACGAGCUGGCGGCCAUGCCUCGAGAGCCGAUCAUCCUCCGUCCAGCCCCAUCCGCCGAUUUGUGCAGCCGAGCUUACCCCACCCACAAUCUGCUGUCAUAGAGGAUGCCGAAGACGCCGAGUUUGUUUCUAGUACACCGGCUAUCCAGGAGGGUAGUCGCAUUCGCCGCGAGGCCUUCAGCCCCAAUUAUUUCAAGACCUUCUUCGUCGAAGAGAAGGAGCUUGGCCGCGGGGGCAAGGGUGUCGUGCUACUUGUCCGUCAUGAAAUCGAUGGCUGCCAUCUUGGUCACUUUGCGUGUAAGCGAGUGCCUGUAGGCGACGACCACGCAUGGCUCGAGAAAGUGCUCGUCGAAGUCGAGUUGCUCGCCAAACUGUCCCACCCGAACCUGGUCUCCUAUCGCCAUGUCUGGCUCGAAGAUGUCAGAUUGACUCGGUUUGGCCCGAGUGUGGCAUGCGCCUUUAUCCUGCAGCAAUACUGCAAUAGCGGCGACUUGCUUCAGUACAUCAUUGGUGAUCGACCCAAGGAAUCUACCAAAGAGCAGCUCAAAGCGCAAAUGCGCCGCAAGUCCAAGGGCCAGCUCGAGCUACCUCGCGACCAGUUCGCUUCACAGAGGUUGUUGUCCUUUGAGGAGAUAUUCUCUCUGUUCAAAGACAUCACCUCUGGACUGGCAUAUCUCCACGCUGCCAGUUACAUCCAUCGCGACCUCAAGCCAAGCAACUGUCUUCUGCAUCGUGAAGGCAAUGGGCUGCUCUGUCUCAUCAGUGACUUCGGCGAGGUCCAGUCUGAAAACAUGGUCCGCAAGUCAACCGGAUCAACCGGGACCAUUUCCUACUGUGCACCAGAGGUUUUGAAGAAAGACUCGACCGGUCGCUAUGGCAACUUCACCGUCAAGUCUGAUAUCUUCUCUCUUGGAAUGAUCCUUUACUUCAUGUGCUUUGGCCGUUUGCCUUACCGCAGCGCCAACACGAUCAACGAAGAAUUGGAGGAUAUCGACGAGCUGCGCGCGGAAAUCAGCGACUGGCAGGGCUUCCAAGACGAACGUAGAGAGCGUCCAGAUCUUCCAUCAAAGCUCUACCAGCUUCUUAAGAAGCUGCUCGCCCUUGACCCCUCACAGCGCCCGAGCGCGAGUGAGGUCCUGGCCGCUAUGAAGACGGAGUCAAGUCUCGAUGGUGUUCCCCGAGGUAGGAGCUCGAGCCCGCCAAUUGGCCUCGGCGGACGCCGGAUCCAGAGUCUGGACUCUCCAACGCCUUUGAGCACACCCGUCCCAGAUCCCCAGAAGUACGCGAGGUAUCCGUCAUCUCAAGAAGGAUACAACAUUCCCAGUAAGGCCGCUGAUGACGACUCUCCGCGCGCUAGCUCGCUGAGGCAAUCCGACUCGGGCUCACCGGGGCUCAGGCCCCAAGCUCAGGCCAUGAUCUCGUCACGAAGUCAAGAUAUCCGCCUGUCCCCAGAGCGGGAAGAGAGUGUGGAUUCCGGCAAAGACGCGCCUCUGAACUCGCCGCCACUGCCCCCUCCUAGCGGUCCUCCGUCUCGGUUUGUUCCUGAGCAAAAUGCUCAGCUUGACACGCCCAUGCUGGCCUUUCAUGGCGAGUCCGAACAUAGCAGCCCCUCUGGUGAUGCUGGCCGCGCUCGAUCUCGGUCUUGCCAGUGCUGGUGCAAGGCCGCUCGCUCGAUAUGGGCAAGAGACCAGUAG